AUGUUCACCGUACCAAUCUGUAAACAACAGCAAUUUCGGACGCUAUGGUCCAGCGGCGUGCUCUGCAGAGAAUCGAACAUUGUUCAAGGCAAGAUGUUGUCGGUGCCUUUACGACGAACCGUGUUGCGUACACCGCUGCACUGUAGCACGGAAACAACGGAGCCGACGAAACGAGCCACCGGGGUCGCAGACCCGGUCGAAGCGCGAGUACGAAAGGAACUCGAGUCAGCAGGCAUUGAACUCGAGCAACUACUGAACCCAUCAAAGGUCGUUAACUUAGAACGCAAACUCGCCGAGUACCAAACCAGACUCGCUGAGCUCACGAGCUCCGGGAAUGCGGCUGAAAGAGACCGCCUUCUCAGCAAGUUUUCCAAGAUGCAGCGUGAACUUGAACAGGAGAAACGCGCGGUAAUGCGUCAAUGGCUGAAGAAUCUUUUCGUCGCUCAGGGCAUACUUACAGCUGCGCUGGGUGGAUGGAUGGCGUUCGAUUCUAGACUACCCUUGUAUGUGCAAGCGCUCGGUUUUUGGAUGGUCUGGCUAUUCACGAUUCCGUCUUUACGCGCUCGUAAGCCGUCUAGUGCAGAGAAGAAUGCGUUGAAUGUAUCCUUUCUAAUAGCGCCGGUGAUGAACUUGGUGCUGCCUGUUUUCCUCAAGGAUACCGGCGAGUUAUGGCUAGCUCAAAUAUUACAGCUGAUCGGCUGUUAUCUGUACUACGGGGUCUGGACACCGUCCAGUGUCAAGGACGCACGCAAGACUGCUGUACAGCAGGAAGAUCAGGGCGGUACAAAACGUCUCAACGUUCGAUUACCCGCUAUUCUGCGCUGGCUUGAUUGGGGCAGUUGGCGAUGA